AUGCCCGCCACCAGUUUCAGCCAGACUUUAUGCACGAGACGAUCCCAUUCUUCUUCAGGAAGCUCAAGGACCAGGAUCGAGCAGGAGCAGGAGGUGGACACGUCUGUCGCGUUCACGCAGUGCCCCCAGUACUACCCCGAGAUGCCCGACGAUGUCGACUUCCUGGAUACGAACAACUCGAACUUCUUCCGUAUGAACUGCAUGCUCAGGAACUGCGCGGGUGGCGUCAGCUCCUGUGGCACUGGCGGCACGUGGCUGAUCCGCGACAGGCGUGCGGGCAUUCAUGGCACGGACAGCAUUUGGGACAUGGAGUCGGUCGAGAUGAAGCGGCAGGGCUUCACACAGUGCAUCGAGUACACCUUCUUUCACGAGAGCUGCAAGGUGGAGGACACUGCAAGCAGUCUGGACCGUGUGGUCAAGGGCAAGCAUUCCCAGUACAUCAACAGGCGCCUCGCGUACGGAAUGGCGAAGGACCCGGUGGAUUAUUUGGCCGCUGUGCAGCGUUGGGCCGAGGGCGGCGUCGUCCUUUCUCUGCAGACUUUCCUCGGCUGCGAGGAGGGGAUCCACAUGAUCUGGAUGACUUUCAUCCUUUUCCUCUCCUUCAUUGGCUCGCUAGUAAACCUGGUCUACGGGUACGGCUACACCGGCCUUCUCGAGGAGUUCAGUUUCCGCGUUUUCGGCGGCGACUUGUUCUACGUCGCCAUGGUCGAUGUCGCCACGCAGCUCUCGGACUGGUGCGUGGCCUACGGGGCCGUGGAGGAGGUGUACAAGUAUAUCUUCAUAGACAUGUUCCUGAACGUUCAAGGCUGGCUCAUUGCCAUGCUCCUCUUCUUUGUUGUGCUCACCACAAUAACGAUGGCCUCCCACUACCUGCAUCACUGCGCCUGCUGCGGGAGGAAGCGCAAGCUUCGCCGCACUCGUUUCCCGACCUCCUUGGCACAGUGGGCGAGGCUGCUGAUCACGAUGGAUAAUUUGACCUACUUCUUGUGGUUUUGGACCGCAUUCUUCUGGGUGGGUUUUAAUUACUACGCCGUUUACUUCAAAAGGUACUACCACUUCGAGGCAAGUGGCAUGGUGCUCUUCUCGUGGAUGAUGCAGGUGCUGUCGUGGUCGAUGGUGAUCUCCGCUACCGGCCGCUACCGAAUGGACCAGAGCAUGGCGGCUAACGAGGUGUUCUUCCUCAGCCUGACGAACAUUUGGCGCACCACGCAGAUGUUCUACAUCACCGCGCCGCUGACUGCCUACUCGAUCGUCAUGGGAAUAUCUGACUUCUUGAAGAACAGGAUGCUUGGAGUGGACAUCAGCUACUGGGUUGGCGGUGACCGCGGGGCCGUGUCAAAGGCAAUGACGCAGUGGUGGACGCUCUUGUUGGUCUUGGCGAUGAUCGUGACGCACAUUCUCUUCUGGUUCACCGAGUUGCUGAUCCAUGCCGACGUCGUUGGAAUCUUCAUCGUGACGUUCAUCGGACUGGACGUCAUGCAUCCGUGCGCGUUCCUGUGGCUCGGCGUGGAGGCGGAGAGCCUGCCGAAGCCGGCGGCUGGCCCCAUGCCUGCGUGGGUGCGGCUCCUGCGCAGGACCCUCCAGCUGCUGCUCUGCCCGGCCUUCUGGCGCAACUGCAUGCGCAAGGUGGUGUUCCACCCGCGCACCGCCCUGAUCGUGCAGUGGAUCGGCCCCCUCCAGAACGUGCUGAUGCCCAUCCUCACCAUCUGGAUGCCCGAGCUGGGCAUCAACAACGCACUGCUGCUGCUCGCGUCGGUCAAGUGA